AUGGCUUCCGACGCAAUCACCGAGCCGCGGCAAGCGACCCGCGAGGAGAUGCGCGAUGCCAAACUCCCUCUGGCCUACCGAGACAGCUGCGCCCACCUUCUGAUUCCUCUCAACAAGUGCCGUCGGGAUACAUGGUACGCCCCUUGGAAGUGCUCCGAUGAGCGACACAGCUACGAGAAGUGCCAAUACGUCGAGUUCAAGAAGCGAGUCGCCAAGAUGGACGAGUUGAGGGAGUCAAAGGGUGGUGCACGAAGCAACUAG